UUGUUUCCUGAGAUGUUUCAGGGGAAAUGUUUCAUGUCCAUUUCUCUUUUGCGUGAAAACAUACAAGAUGCCACCUAAGAAGGAUUCCAAAUCAACGGCGAAGCAGCCCCAGAAGACACAGAAGAAGAAGGAGGGGUCUGGCGGUGGCAAGGCCAAGAAGAAGAAGUGGUCAAAAGGAAAAGUUCGCGAUAAGCUGAACAAUCAGGUUCUCUUCGAUAAGGCCACAUACGACAAAUUCCUCAAGGAAGUUCCCCACUGGAAGCUAAUCACUCCCUCCGUGGUGUCUGAGCGUCUCAAGGUGCGCGGUUCGCUGGCGAAGCAGGCCCUCAAUGAGCUUCGUGAGAAUGGUCAGAUUAAGCUGGUCGUGAAGCACCACUCGCAGCUCAUCUACACGAGGACGACCAAGGGUGAUGACAUCGUUGCCUAAAUUGUUUCCGGAAACUGUCUUGUAGACUGUUUUGGGUGGCAAUAAAGGGAUGAAAAUGUGAGGAAAAUUUA